UUGCGCCGUGCGCAACGCUCGCUUCUCCACGUGCUCCUCGAGCCUUCGGCGUUCGUUUGCCUGCUUUGUCCGUAACAAAACGGCGGCACCGUGCGUCUGUGAAUUACCAUUGGUUUGACCGAGUUUAACGCACAGAGUGACUAUGCCUAUGUCUUACGCCACCUGAGUUACGUCACUUCUCCCACAUUUCCCUGCAGUGGGGAAGUGCGGUGCACGGUUUGGCAGCAUCUGCACUAGAGCGUCCAGCCACACUGAGAGCAAAUGUUUUAAAGAUGGCGCCAGUAUUAGACGGUGUGUGGGGCGAGCCUACUUCAACUUUAGACUGGUGUGAGAAGAAUUAUGAAGUCACAAGAUACAUAGCUGAAUUUUGGAACACUGUGAGCAACUUAGCUAUGAUAGUGCCGCCAGCGUAUGGAGCAAUCAAAGCUUGGAAGAAGGAUAUUGAGACACGCCUGUUCUUGUGCUAUGCCUUCCUGUUAGUUGUCGGAGUUGGUUCCUGGUGUUUCCACAUGACGCUGUGGUUUGAAAUGCAGUUGUUGGAUGAACUGCCAAUGGUGUGGGGCACACUCAUUCUAGUGUACACGCUGGCGGAAAUGUCGAAACCAGCGAAGCAAAGAAACCGCUUCCUAAUGGUUGCACUGGUACUUUAUGGGAGCGUCAUUACUGCGGUGUAUUUAACGAUUAAAAUCCCCAUCUUUCAUCAGGUGGCUUAUGGCUUUUUGGUGGCGGUUACUUUCCUAAUCAGCUUCAAGCUGGCAUGGCAGAGGCUGUUUGAUGUGAGGCUGUUUGCGGUGGCCGGUCUUUCGUAUCUGAUUGGCUUCUUUGUAUGGAACAUCGAUAAUGUGUACUGCAACGAAUUGAGCAACGCUAGGACACGCCUUCCUGGCGUACUGCUGCCCCUUACACAGUUUCAUGCGUUGUGGCAUUGCUUUGCUGGCUACGGUGCCUACAUUAGCAUAUUGUAUUGCUGUCAAGCCCGCUGCAAUUACUUGCAAAAGAAGUCUCGAUUAAAGAUGGGCCCAGUAGGACUGGAAAUAGAAGUUGGUGACAGCGAAACGUCACAGAAGCGAUGUUGAAACGUGCAUGUCCCACGUUGCUGCAUCACUUCUAGUGCCCUUGUGGGAGACGGCAGCUUCUUUACUGCUUGCAGCCAUACUUCAUCUAAAAGCCACGGUGUGAGUGAUAACGCUUCAAAGCUUGAUGCGAAUUGUUUUUUGGACAAGUCUUCAAGGAGGCCUCGAAACUCUGCUGCGGGGGUUUGCUGAGAAGACUCCUGCUUGCUGUGUGUUUUGACUUGAGUUACCCCCCCCGUUUUUCCAAACAUGAGUAAACGUCUUAACUAUUUUUUCCCAAAAUUUUUGUACACCCGUGAAUUAUACAAUGCGGAGAACAUCUAUAUUGUAUUGUGUCAUUGCUCACCAGUACUUAGUUUUGGACAGCGUUUUUUCUUACAAAGGGAGAGCACGACGCCCACUACAGCUCCUACCAGUGUUGCCUCUGGAAACGCAACAUAAAUCUCUUCUUUGUGCAUCUUAAACCCAAGGAGUUUUCAUUGUGCGGAAAUCCAAUUAAAUAUGUGUUAUUUUUCUACACGCCUUGUUUUACACUAUUACGAAUAUUUUAUUGAGAUAUGGUUGUGCUGUUCAGUAUACUCAUGUACACAGGACCGAGGGGCCGAAGCUAGAAAGUUAAACAUUGCUGCAAAAUCAUCUUAUAGCAGUUCAGUUUUCUUUCUGGUGAACUUUGAUCUGUAUACUUCGCCCAGGACAAGUGAAGACAUUAAUUACUUGCAUGUUUGAAUACGUGUUUGCUAUUCACAAUGAAUAGACAUUCAGUUACAGAUCUUCACAGGGUAUACUCACCACUGAGGACUACACAGUGCACUCUUCUUGCCCAGACUGGUGGCUAUUCUGGGAGCUUUGUUACACAUUUUUUUUAAACAAUGUUUUUUAUUGAGUGAAUGGCUGAAGUGUCCUUGAGUACUUUUUAUGUGUAACCAAAGUACAGUGAAAGUACGCACACUCCCGUUUUUGUUUGUUUUUCGCUAAACCACAUCCCAGUGCAUUAUUUUGCAAAAACAGAAAUACGGAGAAAGUAAAUUGAUGCAGUGUGCACAUUUUAGUUCGCACAUUUUAGGUUGCGUUCAAGCAGUGUGAAUGGCUAUAAGCAGUGCAAUCACCUUUCACGCUGUAAGCAGUGUGUUACAGGGUUUCAUUUUGUUUGUCUUUGUCGUUUUGUCCAUUGGAAGCUGAACACAUGCCUAAAAACUAAUGGUGGUUGUACGAUAUUUCACUCUGUACCCAGUGGCAAAACUUUGUCUGCAGCACUCUGUCAGCACAAAUGUCCCCGUUCGAGACAAAAAACUACCCAUUAAUUUUUAUUUACACAAAGCAUGCUACCCUGACCGUAAGCUCUCAGCAGGUGAUUUCGCGUCAACAGGGUGCCAUCACAUCGUGAUCUAGUAGUAUUACGCAUCUCUGGUAUGUGUCCUACGUGAAAGCUUCCAGUGGACAUGAAUGUUUAUGUGUUGCGACUUGAAAUGUGGCACACUGCACGCUUGUAUAUAGUGGACUGCCUUGUGUCAACGUGAGUGGUUACUUCCUGAGUAGCUCAUAUGGGUGAAUUGUGAGACAUGAGUGGAAAAAAAGAAUGAAAACAGAAGCUAAGGCUUAAUCUGUUCCAGCCUUAAAUGUUGCAUUUAUUUAUAUUUUAUCGUACUGUUCAUUGUAUGUAUUAUAUAGUAAUACUUGUGGCAUUAAAUUUUUCCUUGACAUGA